AUAGCGGUUAGCCUCCUAGUAACAUUGCCUCAUCUUCAUCAACUCCAAUUCCAGUCUUCAUAUCUCCGCUACCGCUCAAAUCGCCCACAGCUCAGGACUUACCCUAAAUCAGACCUUGUCAAGCAGUUCAACGCAAUGGCUCCUAUUCGCGUUGGUAUCAUCGGUGUGGCCGGAAAGUCCUCCGCCCAGUACACGCCCGGUGAAUGGGGUGUCCACCAUCUCCGUGCCGUCUUGGCCAACACUCAGUACGAGCUCAUCGCCAUUUGCAACUCAACCGUCGAAUCCGCCCGCAGAUCAAUCGACUUCCACCAGCUCGAUGCGAACAAGGUCCGAGCCUACGGCUCAGUUGCAGACCUCGCGGCCGAUCCGCAGGUCGACCUGGUCGUCGUGGCCGUAGACGCCAGCAAGCACGUUCAGCUUGCCCAACCAGUAAUUGAAGCUGGCAAGGACGUGUAUGUCGAGUUUCCAUUGGCCCCGACUGUGAAAGAAUGCGAGCAUCUCGCCCAGUUGGCAAAAGAUAUGGGUGUUAGGUCCAUUGCUGGCACGCAGGCGCACUCGGACCCCGCCAUUGCGAAGCUCAGGUAUCUGGUGCAGAACGAGAUUGGCAACGUCGUUUCAACCGUCCUCGUCGGUACCUCUCCGAUAGACAGCAGUGCGGGCUGGCCUGCGAGCGCCGCCACGUUCUUGUCCGUGGACGGUUACGCCAGUCGUAUCCGGAUCGUGAAUGGUCAUAUUCUUGGUGGGUUUAGUAGCGUCGUUGGAGAGUUUGAGGACCUCCAAGUCGUGUACAAGACUCAGUCGCCGGUCACUACCCUGCUUGAUGACACGUUCCAGCCCAUCAAAACCAACUAUCCCGUCACGAGCCCCGACCAUGUCGGCAUUCAGGGCGUUCUAAGGUCAGGCGCUCUUGCAAGCAUCAAUAUCCGCGUAUCGGCCGCGCCAGUUGAUGAUUGUGGCUUCAGAUGGAUUAUCUCCGGUACCGCUGGGGAAGCCGAGCUCGUCACCAAGCCGGGUUUCUUCCAGACAGGCCUAGAUGGCGCUGUCAUCAAGCUGAGGAAGCGUGGUGAGGAAGCAUCCAGAGAAGUUGACUGGCAUACAGGAGAUUUGGAUGCUGUUGUGGGAGUUAAUGGCUGGACCAAGAGCAUCUCUAGAGUUUAUGCUGCUUUUGCCGAGGGUAGGGAGGGCGACUACGCCACGCUCGAGACGGCUCUCGGAGUGCACAGAACGUUGGACAAUGCCACCGCUGGCGCUCUUUGGGCUUCCAAGUAAGUACCACAGUUAUUUCGAUUCAUAUCAUAGCUUUCUUCAAGGUCAUAGCUCUUUGUAUUUUGCGUCGACCUGUUGGGUGGAAGAUGAAUCGAGAUGCUGUGACGAUCGGGUCUAGACUAGCUAUAAGAUCGUCGCGCGGCCCGCUAUGCAGCGCGGCUGUAGUAUUACA